CAAAUUGAAUUGAAGACAGCAAACAAUGCGAUGGAAGUGUUCAUAUGCAUCUAGGCGUAAACAUUUUAAAGUUUAGUUUACUACAAAUAAAGCGCUGUAAGUGGACCUUUUAUGUUCGUAUGGCAACCAAAACAAAAUGGAUAGAAACACCAUUACUUCACCUAUGCCGACCGACGUCGACGAGCCCGGAGAAACAAUCAGCCACGCUGAUGGAGCACUGGAGCUCGAACCUCCUGCAGAAGGUACCACGUUAGAAAGCCCGCCAGAUGGUGGACUCCGGGCAUGGCUGAUUGUGCUUGCUUGUACAGGAAUUAAUGCUCUAUUCAGCAUAUUGCGAAUUUUAAUACAAGUAUGUCUUCUUGAUGAUGAUAUGUCAUCUGAUACAGGAAUAGAUAGUGACACACUAGAUGAGAUGGAUGAGCAAUUAACUGUACUUUCAGAUUUGUAUGCUCCACUUGCUGCGCUUGUAAUGAUAUUUCUUGGUUACCAAGCAACUGUUUGCAUUGGAGCUAGUGUUGUUAUGGUAAUCUUAUUCUUCCUGUCUUACUUUGGUGACGAUGAUACAGAAAAGUUUAUAAAAUUUAUCUUAUACGGGCCGGUGGGUAAGUUUUAAAAUUUACAAAUUUUAACUUAUUUUAUGAGUUUCAUAAAUAUCUGUUUACCACUUAUUUUAUAUAAAUUUAUUAAUGACAAUAUAAAACAAUCAUAUAACUAGUGGUUAUAUAGAACUAACUAGGAACAGGAGCCUCCGUGACCGUCUAUCUAUAUUUGGCAUAAAUUAAUAUGUACUUGUUAGAUUUUUGAAGCAACCCGUCUGUAAUAAUUUUCCA